ACUGGUACUGGUUUUUGCGCUUGGAACUGUCGCUGGCCAGAGCAAUAACAGGCACAGAGAGAGCAGUUUAGUUUUGUGCUGUUUAAAGUUAAGGCAUAAGUAGAAGCUGAACUGGAGACUGCGCUACUGCGGCUUGUAGUGUAGUGAUGAUAAAAACGAGUUGUUGUUAUUCUUUAUGUUCAAUGCGAAAUAAAAGCCGUGAUUCGCGUUGAAGUUAAGUUUUAAACAAUAACUAUUUACUGUCUUUAUUGCUGUAGCCACGUAUGCAUAUGGAGGUGUCCCCGAACCGGCGCUGCCUGAACCAGCUUAACAGCUGAUCGGAGUAUGAGGCGGCGGUGAACGGGGCCACAAUUGCACCACCACCCCCGCGAAUAAAGGAAAAAAAAUUACUAAAAUAAAAAUAAUCAAUAACAGUAGAAAAAAUAAAUGCUAUUGACUAUUGUUGCAAUUGAUUCAUAGAUCAAGUGGAACUUGGAGGAAAAAUAAAUAAAAAAACUAAAUAAAAGAAAACUAUACAAAUCCUAGGUUUUAAAUCGAGGAAAUAAAGUAACAAAAAGCUAAAUCUUUGUAUAUCAAUAUAAAAUAUAACCGAGGGAGCACUGAAAGAAGACAACAAUUGUUAGCUUGACGUCAAUUUGAUCAAAGAUGGUCAAAACUUUUCAAGCUUAUCUACCCUCCUGCCAUCGCACUUAUUCGUGCAUACACUGCCGUGCUCACCUCGCUAAUCAUGACGAACUCAUCUCAAAGUCCUUCCAAGGCAGCCAAGGUCGUGCCUAUCUCUUCAAUUCCGUAGUUAAUGUUGGUUGCGGUCCUGCGGAAGAGCGAGUUCUCUUAACUGGACUUCAUGCUGUCGCUGACAUUUAUUGCGAGUGUUGUAAAACUACUCUCGGUUGGAAAUAUGAGCACGCGUUUGAGUCAAGUCAAAAAUACAAGGAGGGUAAGUUUAUAAUAGAGCUGGCCCACAUGAUCAAGGAAAAUGGAUGGGAAUGAACACGUAGACAGGGGGGUGGGUCAUGACACACCACCCCUGCUUACCUGAAUCCCGUAAACUAAAUCCUUAAAAUAAAUUUUUUAAAAAUAAUCAACUAAACUCAAAAAACUGAAAACAUAAGUACAUGCCUACAAUGUUGUUCUCGAGUUGCAAUGUGCGGCGCCCUAUCCUCAAUACAAAAAGAUGAAGAAAAAACAAUAAUAAUAAAUAAUACAACAAGAAACAAAAAAAACAACAGCCCUCCUUUGACAAACCACCAACGAAAGUCUGUGAUUUCAUUUGUGAUUUGUAAUCUUAGUAAUGUUUUUCCGUUCUGGACAAUUCACAAAAAAAAAAUAUAAAUCGUUUUUUAAUUCUCCAAUUAUGUGGACUAGGGAGAAGAAAAAACGUAUUUUAUUAAAAUCAAUAUAAAUAUACUAAUGGAUUUAAAAGAAUGGAAGGACAAAGUAAAGAUAAUGCGAUUAUUUGCCGCUUAAAGAUGAAUAUUGUAUGUAAAGAAAUUAUUUUUGAGAAUGGUAGAGUCGCGAUUUAAGUAAAGAUUUAAAGUUAAUAAAAAUUAAGUAGAUUAAUCGCGAGGAUUGAUGUGAAGAAAUGUUUAUUUUAAAAAAAAGUGUUGGCGAUGCUACGAAGGUAAAAAUUAUGCGCAGAUAAAGACAAGUAAAUAAAAUUCAGAACAAGUUUUAAAAAUAAUAAUAAGACGACGGCGAUGACGAUGAUGAUUAUUGUUAUUAUUAUCAACAUUUACGUGAACAGUUGAGUGCCCCUUUAUCUCUCUUUCAUCUCUCCCUCUCUCUUUCCCUCUUUUUUUCAGUGUUUGUUAGUCUCAAUGAAUAUCAACACCCGCCGAGUUGCGACGACAACGACGUCGACUACUCUGGCAUAUAAAUAAGCGCGGGCACUCAGAUUGUUUUUUUAUUUUGAAAAAUACGAUAUAUUUCAGGAUUUAAAUAAACGAUACUGAAGAAUAUUAACAAACAAAUAAUUAAUCAAUGGAAAAUAAAAUAUUUAUUGUAAGCAGUGCGACUACAGACUGCUAGAUUGACUGCCCUGCCUGUCGCAUCUAUCGUUGGAAUUUCACUGCCGAUAUUCCUAAAAUAUAAUUAACAAAAAAUGAAAAUAAAUUAAAUUAA